AUGUAUAUUCCCGUCGUCCCUCAAGUCGAACCUUGUCCCCCCUCCAACAUCACCCUACCUCCCCAUUGUCCCCUCUCCGACAUACCCGGUUUCCUCCUCUACGAAUCGCUAAACCGCAAUCACGUCUUUGGCCAUCCAUCAACCCAACCUCGCAUAAGGGAAUCGCGCGAUCUCUUGGACAAGAUCAAGAAGCAUGGAGGCAAAGCGGUUUCCAAGUAUGGACAAAAAGCCAUCUCGAAAUACACCAACAAGUCAAAGGGCAGCCACUCAAAGGGUAGCGGAGCUAUGGCAACGGGUAUGGGUGCAAUCGCAGGUGGACUGCUGGUUCUGGGUCUCAUGUAUCUUGUCUGGAGGAAAAGAGAUUACCUGUGGCGACGUGCAAGGUUGGAGGAGGAAGCGAGUUCCAUGUUUGAGGGGAACGACGACGACGACAUUGAUCGGUCCAAAAUUCCUUUCGGUCAGCCUUGGUCUCAUCGGCUCAUUGCUGAGAGAAGAGCUGCUGCAGAGGCGGCAUAA